AUGGAGAAUGCAAAGCAUUUCGUUUUGGUUCAUGGCACUUGCCUCGGAGCAUGGUGUUGGUACAAGCUUGUUACCCUACUCCGACAUGCCGGCCACCGCGUCACUGCGUUGGACCUCGAGGGUUCUGGGAUCCAUUCCAACCAGAUUCAUGAGGUCACUUCCAUUUGGCCAUUGAUGGAGUUCUUGGGUUCUAUUCAUGAAGAUGAGAAGCCUAUUUGCCUCAUUACACUUCCCUUCCCGGAGUCCUCAUACAAGAUCAUGGCUGUCUACGUGCGCAGGCCCAUGGAAGGAACCAGUCCACGCUCACCGUCUUCCUUCCUCGUUUCACUUUCUCAAGGCAGGCAAAGUGGGCAGCAGCAACCAACAAGUUAA